UUUUAUGAUGAUGGUGCCAUAAUGCUAAGGGAGGAGGCUACCGUUCUGACGGGGAUGCUAAUUGGACUCAGUGCUAUUGACUUCAGUUUCUGUCUAAAAGGAGAAGUUUUGGAUGGAAAGACACCUGCAGUGAUCGACUACACACCUUACCUGAAGUUCACCCAGAGCUAUGACUACCUGAGUGAUGAAGAAGACCGCCGCAGUGUGGACAGCAGUGCCAGUGAUGAGAGUGUUGCCGAGCAUCCUUACAUUCCUUUGGUCACAGAUGAAGAGACCUGGAGCAACAAAUGCAGAAAGAUGGAGCAAAGAUUCAAGAUUGUCUAUGCCCAAAAGGGUUAUUUAGAGGAAUUGGUCCGCUUGAGGGAAUCCCAGCUGAAAAAUUUAGAAACUGAGAACAAGAGGCUAGUUGCUAAACUAGAGGAACUACAGGUCCAGAGUCGACAAGAGAAGAAAGAACUGGAGGCCAUUAUAUUGGAGCUACAAGCACAACUCACUGGCAUAAUUCCUCAUCAGUCCUCUCGUUUGGGAUUCAAAGGACUGUCUAUUCCACUCAUUAACCAAUGCACAACUGCACAAUCCGCCAACAACAAAGGAAAUGUAAAGCUGUUCCGUCGGAGGAGUUUUCACAGUUUGGAUCUCUCAGCUGAUGUGAGUUUGAACUCUGACUCUCAGAAGGAAGACGGCAUUCAGAAUGGAGACGCAACCUGGUCAGCAGCUAAAGACAACACUCCCUCUAUGCUCGGUCUAUGUGGUUCUUUGGCUUCUCUACCCAGCUGUAAGUCACUGGCAAGUCUCAAAUCCACUGAGUAUUUGGUCAACAUCAGCACAGAGCCUAGUCCUGCCCUGUCUCCUAGCUAGGGGGCGCCAAAUUCCAACUAACAAGACGCUCUCAGUCCCAGUACUUUCCUCCAAGAAACAUCACAACUGUCCUACCAACAUCCUUCAAAGAUCCCAGUGAGCUGAAACAAUGUAAUAUAUAUACACAAGGUGUGGAAUGGCAACCCCUCCAGCACUCGCUUAUUUUCUUAUCUUUACUUGCCAAUUUAUUAUUCACUCUUGUCUUCCACCCUUCAGUACAGUCUUCUUCAGCAUGUUUGAGUGUCUGUAACAUUCCCUGAGCCUGAUAUUACAGCCCAAAGGCACAGCAGCUUAUCUCUGUUCGUUUUGAACUCAUUAGUCCUUGAAUUCCCUGCACAAACAGAUCAAAGUGAAACACAAAACUCAAGACUUGGCAGUUAUUUAUUCUACAUAAAUUCAUCUUAAUGAAUAUGAACAUACAGAGUGGCACAUCUGUUCAUGUUACCCACAGUUGAAUCUCUGAUUUAGACAUAUUACCUUUCUUAUGCUUAUUAAUAAAAGAUAUGAGGGAACAAAAGAGAGACCAAGGAAAGAACUGUUGCCUGUAUCUGCAUGUCAAAUGCGCUUUAUUGAGGCUGUAAAUGCCUCGGCUGACUUUAUGUUCUUGCUCCUUUGACGGUUAUAUUAAGUGACUGGAAGUAACUGCAAGUGUUGUCAGCUAAAUUCAAAUCUUUUGUCAUGUUUAUCUUACUGGUGUUGCUUCAUUUCUUGUAUUUCUUCAGUUUCGGUAUGUAUACAUAAUUGUCUAUUUUGUUAUGCGGUGGCAGUGCUCUGCGGUUUUGAAUUG